AUGGCAUCGCUCGGGGCGCCCCUCAGCGUCGCCGAAAUCACCAGACAGGCCGAGAACUUUGAGUAUGAUUCCAAGAUCCAGCUACGGCAUUGGCUCCGCUCUGCGGAUACCAUGCUCAAGGAGGCCCACGUCUACGAGGCCGAAGGCAACGAUGUUCAGACCUAUCUCCUCUUAUAUCGCCACGCGAAACUCGUCCUAGAACACCUCGCGAAGCAUCCUGAGAGGACUUUGGCGGAGAACAGGAAGGCAUUGAGUGCGGCCAAUGCGGCCGUCGCGCGGAAUCUGGCAAAGCUGGAGGUGAUUAGGCCGCGCAUCGCAAAGAGACAUGAGGAAUAUCAGGCGAGGCGAAACGCCCAACGGAUGGCGUUGGAGAUGCUGGAGGGGCUAGAUGCGAAGAACGAGUCCCUGGCGGAGAAGAGAUACUCCAAGCGGCGGUCCUUUGAGAGGGCCACGCUGGAUGCAGGGCAGAAUAGGUUGCUGGCUGCGAAGCUCGCGCAGAGGGAGGUGAGGCGGAGAGAUAGUGCGCGGAGAACCGUGCGGUCGCAAGAGGAGGAUCGCACUGGUGGCUUGUGGGUGGAUUGGGGAAAUGAAGGGAGACGAAGCGAUAGUGAGACCGAUGAUGAUUUGUCGCGGCAAUUACAAGAGGUAGCGAGGCUACAAGACGAACACAAGACCCAGAACUUCUCCCGACCGACAUCCCACCCUCCCACCUACCACUACCCUUCAAUACCACAUAGGAGUACCCACGAAAGAUGGCCGGGUACCGACGCUCACCUCCCGACCCAAGGCACAGCACCAGCGCGACCUCCAAAAGAACAAAUCUACCGCGAAUCAGGCACUCCCGCCCGUCCGCCACCCGUACCCCCGAAACCACCCACUGCACCCACACCUCCUCCCUUCGAGAAUCCACGCCCGCCCCCUAUACCCGGCAAGAUACUCGACUCGGAGUCUCAAGCACUCCCCAUCCCUCCACCCAUUCCCGGCAAAUACUCCCCUUCACCCACCCCGCAACUCCCCACGCCCCCAGCCGAACCCCUCGACGAAUUCACCUUCAAACCCUCCGCCUACCUCGAAAACGGUACGCCCCUCCGCACCGUCUUCCUUCCCAACACCCUCCGCUCGCACUUUCUCGCCGCUGCCUCACCCAACACACGCCUCAACCUCGAAACCUGCGGCAUCCUCUGCGGCAUCCUCAAAUCCAAUGCCCUCUUCGUAACGCGCCUGCUCAUCCCCGAGCAGACCUCGACAUCGGAUACGUGCGAGACGCUGAAUGAGGAGGAGUACUUUGACUACUGCGAUAGGGAGGAGUUGAUGGUGCUGGGGUGGAUCCAUACGCACCCCACGCAGACGUGUUUUAUGAGUAGUCGGGACCUGCACACGCAUGUGGGGUAUCAGGUCAUGCUUCCCGAGAGCGUGGCGGUCGUGUGUGCGCCGAGUAAACAGCCGAGUUGGGGAAUCUUCCGCCUCACCGAUCCCCCCGGCAAACAAACCAUCCUCAACUGCAAUCAACCGGGCAUCUUCCACCCGCACGCCGUCGACAACAUCUACACCGAGGCGGUGAAACCGGGGCAUGUGGUCGAGUUGGCGAAUGCGCCUUUGGAGGUGGUGGAUAUGAGGCCCAAGGGGGAAAGGUAG